UUAGGAAAAUAUAGUUAUUAACCUGGUGAAAAAUUAUAAUCUUUUGAUAAAUGGUGGUUUGAUAAUUUUUUCUUAAAGUUGAAUAUACUCAAGAAGGAUUACAUUUCAUUAACACAGAAGAUGUCAUGUAAUUGUAGGGCGAUACGUUUAUUGUUAGAUGUGAAGUCACACACUAUCAUUUUAUUAUUUUAGAAAAAGAAAAGCUGAUGAAGUAGAUGGAGAUUUGUCCUUCAAGAAAAAACUGAAAAAAUCUGAAAAGGAAGAUAAGCAACUGGAGAAACAAUUGAAGGAUCAAAGUCAGUUGAUCUGGAACAUUAAGGAUGAACUGAAGAAGUAUUGUUCACUAAAUGACAUGAGAGAGAUACUUAUUGCAAACAAGCAGGAAGUUCCUUCUGGUGAAUCUGCUAUCUUGGACAGAGUUUCUGAUGGCAUGGCAUUUGGUGCCCUGCAACCUUGUGAACAGUGUCAAGGUCAACUGGUCUUUAAAAGUGAUGGAUAUUAUUGUUCUGGAAACAUAACUGCAUGGACAAAAUGUGUUUUUAAAACACAGAUUCCUAAUCGCAAAGAAUGGAUUAUUCCCAAGGAAUUCCAUGAAGUUGUCUAUUUAAAGAAGUUUAAAUUUAGACCUCAAGACAGAUUGUUCCCCCCUAUACCUCCACAGUCUCAUCCUAAAACAACUGAAUCUAAUGCUUCCAGUAUAAAAGAGGAAACUGUCCCAAGUGACAAACCUCUAACUAAUAUGAUGGUCAUUUGUAUUGGCAAACUGGUGAAGAGCAAAGAAGAGAUUAAAUCUGUAAUUGAGGAUCUUGGAGGAAAGUUAACUGGCACAGCCAACAAAGCCACAAUAUGUAUCAGUACAAAGAAGGAAGUACGGAAGUUGUCCAAGAAGAUGGAAGAAGUAAAGGCAGCCAAUGUUCGUGUGCUUGUUGAGGAGUUUUUGUCUGAUGUAAAAACGUCUGGCAAGGCAGUUCAAGAGCUACUGUCCCUUCAUGCCAUCUCGCCCUGGGGAGCUGAAGUCAAACAGGAAACUCCUGUGAUAGUAACAAAAUCCACUGGUACACUGACAGGGAAGAGCUCUGGGAAAAUAAAGGAGGAUGAAGGCUCCAGCAAAUCAAAAAAAAUGAAACUAACUUUAAAGGGAGGCGCUGCAGUGGAUCCUGACUCUGGACUAGAAAAGUGUGCCCAUGUUCUUGAUCAAAAUGGAAAAAUUUUCAGUGCCACUUUAGGACUAGUGGAUAUAAGCAGAGGAACUAAUUCUUACUAUAAGCUUCAACUCCUAGAAGAUGAUAGUAAAAAGAGGUAUUGGGUGUUCAGAUCAUGGGGACGAGUUGGCACAACAAUUGGUGGUAACAAACUAGAUAAGUUUUCUGACAAGAACUCUGCUGUUGAUGCAUUUGUGUCCAUUUAUGAGGAGAAAACUGGAAAUGCAUGGCACUCAGCAAAGUUCACCAAGUAUCCCAACAAGUUUUACCCAUUGGAAAUAGAUUAUGGUCAGGAUGAAGAAGCAGUGAGGAAAUUAACAGCUAGUGCUGGAACUAAAUCUGUUCUUGCAAAACCUGUUCAAGAUCUCAUUAAAAUGAUAUUUGAUGUGGAGAGUAUGAAGAAAGCUAUGGUGGAGUUUGAGAUUGAUCUCCAUAAGAUGCCUUUGGGAAAGCUUAGUAAGAGGCAAAUCCAGAGUGCAUAUUCUAUCCUUAAUGAAGUUCAACAGGCAAUUUCUACUGGAGGCACAGAGUCACAAGUACUGGAUUUAUCUAAUCGGUUCUAUACCCUGAUUCCCCAUGACUUUGGUAUGAAGAAGCCUCCACUUCUAAAUAAUUUGGAUUAUAUUCAGGCCAAAGUUCAGAUGUUGGAUAAUCUUCUGGACAUAGAGGUUGCUUACAGUCUUCUAAGAGGUGGUGUAGAAGAUGACAAUAAAGAUCCUAUUGAUAUCAACUAUGAAAAACUAAAAACUGUAAUAGAGGUUGUUGACAGAAAAUCUCAUGAGGCCCAAAUCAUUCUGGAAUAUGUCAAGAAUACUCAUGCUGCAACUCACAAUACUUACACACUUGAAGUUGAAGAUAUUUUCAAAAUAGUACGUGAGGGUGAGUACCAGCGAUACAGGCCCUUCAAAGAUCUUCCCAACAGACAGCUGCUUUGGCAUGGUUCCCGCACCACUAAUUUUGCUGGCAUCCUUUCCCAGGGACUCAGAAUAGCUCCUCCUGAGGCACCUGUAACUGGUUAUAUGUUUGGUAAAGGAGUUUAUUUUGCUGAUAUGGUUUCUAAAAGUGCAAAUUACUGCCAUACUUCUCAAGCUGAUCCAGUAGGUCUCAUUUUGCUAAGUGAAGUUGCUCUUGGAAACAUGUAUGAACUGAAGCAAGCUGCUCAUAUUACUAAGCUACCUAAGGGUAAACAUAGUGUGAAAGGUUUGGGUAAAACGGCUCCGGAUCCUAAGGCAACAAUUAAUUUGAAUGGUGUUGAUGUUCCCCUUGGGAAAGGAAUUAGUACUAUUAUUUCUGAUACCAGUCUGCUUUACAAUGAAUAUAUUGUCUAUGAUGUUGCACAAGUCAAUCUUCAAUAUCUGGUGAAGAUAAGAUUCAACUACCAUUCGUCUCUCUGGUAAACACCUGCAAAAGUAUCUCACAUGAAGUAUGUUUCUAAUGUUCAUUUACUUUUUGGACAAACAAAAUCUUUUGUUUUGUUGGAGAAUGCUUAAUAUUUGUAAUGCAACUUUAUAGUAAUACCAAUAAAACAUUCAUUAUGUUGUCACACAA